ACUCUACUGCAAAGUGCAUGACGAUGUGCUAUUAAAACAGCUGUCACUGUGUGUGUGUCGGACUUGGAUUUGACGAAUAAUAAUUGCUGAUUCUGUGCAAUAAAAACAAACGAAAUGGAGCAUCAUACAUACGCCAAAAGUGGUUUGAAAAUAUGGACCAUUGAGCAGAAGCGCAGCCUAGUGAAAAAGCGCAUUAAUGCUGAUUAUUUGUUCAAUAAACCCUCUCUGAGGGGGGAUCGGCCAUGGAAGACUUUUAAGGAAAUGGCCCAGAUUGGUGACUUUAGCGAGCAUGCCCUGCGCCAGCAAUGGCAAGCCCUGGUCUAUGCCUAUCGCACUGAGAAGGAGGGCAUCAGUUCGCCCAUCAACGACCUGGUGAUCAAAUCACUCAACAAGAAGUGGGAGUUCUUUGGCGAAAUACACAGAUUCAUGAUCAAGAAGAAUGACCAUCAUUCGUAUGCGCAAAAGGAACCGAAUGAGCGCCUGGUGGAGCCGAUACUGCGUUGCCCUGAAGCCACCAAAGUUGUGGCAAAAGCACAAUCAACAGCUGAGAAUAAUGCUGAAAACUCAUCGGACGACGAUGGACUGGAGGUAAUAACACCUGAACCUUACCCUGCUGCACUGAAAAAGAUGUUCGAAGACGAUCCAUGGCACCCUGUCCCUACUACACUGGAAAAGGUGUUGAUUGUCGAUCCACGUGAACCUCACCCAAAGACACCGAAAAAGGUGUACCCAAAGGAACAGAACGACAAGAAGGAGGCUGACGAGAUCGAGGAGAAUUGCCCAGUCCUAAAGAGGAUUGAGUCGGAGAACUAUGGGAAAGUAACCACACACGGUCAUCCGAUUCCUAAAUAUCGAUAUGUCUGGGUUCAGUAUGGUGGGCCGGUCGAGGACAACCAAACCGAAAAUGUCAACAACUCUGCUCAACCCAAAGCUCGUAAAUCUCACAAGCGUCGGGCUGGAAAGGUACUUAGCGAGAAGGAUAAGUACUACAGACAUCGUCGUCGCUUCGAGCAACGACUUGAGAAACGCCUGAAAGGUUUUGGCAAGGCUGUGAGUGUCAUUUUGAAUCACGUGGCCACCAAUUUAGGGGCUCAGACCGAGAUGCCGGAUCUGGGGACGUUAUUUGACUCUGAUUCGAUGCCAUCGAGCAGCAGUGACAGCAGCGCUGACGAGGACUCCGAACAGAACUAAACACACAAAAAACAGAAACAGGUUACAGGGCGGGUGAUCUUUAAGUGAGGAAGAAUGAAAGGAGAGGAGUGGAGCCCAAGGCAAAGCCAAAGAAGCUAACACUAAAACAGGGUCCACGUUUUUGUUACACCAAAAUUUGGUGGCUCUAGCUCUUAUAGUCUCUGAAAACUAGCCGACAAACAAGACGGACGGACAGACAGACAUGGCUCAAUCGACUCGGCUAUUGAUGCUGAUCAAGAAGAUAUAUACUUUAUACCCUAUUUACUCUUCGAGUACCGGGUAUAAAAAGGAAGGGAAAAGACUAUGUCUCGUAACAACUAAAAACGAUUUCGAAAUUUAAGAGUGUCUAUUAGGAAAAGA